AAUCUUAAUAUCCGGCUUGGUACUACUCCUUGUUUAAUCGUGGCGGACCUGAUCAAAGAGCGGUGCUUUGUACUACUCCUUGUUUAUUAAUCCGGCUUGGUACUACUCGUUGUCUUUAAUCCUCUGUCACUUGCCUUUCACCUAAACAACACGCAAACAAGUUCGUCUGAAAUGUUCUUGGACGCCGUGAUUAGUUGUCCCUGCCGGCUGCUAUAUAUACAUACGUUCUACACAAUUCAGGGACACUCGAAGCGAUCGAUAACACUGUCUCUUCUCGGAACCAGACAUGUGUUUACGUACAAUUUUCUCUUGUGCUCUGCUACUGUUGACACUGCUGCUUCCUUCAGCUAGUGCGUCGAGCAAAUCAAAAUUUCAGCUCUAUAUUGUGUAUAUGGGGGAAAAGAAACAUGAUGAUCCAACCAUGGUCACAGCGUCGCACCAUGACGUACUAACCAUUGUUCUUGGGAGCAAGGAUGAAGCUUUGAAGUCGAUAGUUUACAGCUACAAGCACGGGUUCUCUGGGUUUGCGGCGAUGCUCACCAAGUCCCAAGCCGAGGCACUUGCAAAAUUUCGUGAAGUCGUGAGCGUGAAGGCUAACAUUUACCACGAAUUGCACACAACUCGGAGCUGGGACUUCCUUGGCCUCGAGUACAACCAGCCACCACAACAACCGGGCGGCCUCCUCCAGAAAGCAAAGUACGGUGAAGAUGUCAUCAUCGGAGUGGUCGAUACAGGCAUAUGGCCCGAAUCACGAAGCUUCGACGACAACGGGUACGGCCCCGUGCCAGCAAGGUGGAAGGGCACAUGUCAGGCCGGCCAAGAGUUCAAAGCCACGAACUGCAACAGAAAGAUCAUCGGUGCGCGGUGGUACUCCAAAGGCGUCAGCGAGGAGUUGCUGAGGAGCGAAUACACGUCUCCCAGGGACAUGCACGGCCACGGCACGCACGUCGCCUCGACGAUCGCAGGUGGCCAGGUGCGGGGAGUGAGCUACGGGGGGCUAGCCACCGGCGUUGCACGUGGCGGCGCGCCGCGAGCCCGGCUGGCGAUCUACAAGGUUUGCUGGGUCGGCCGGUGCACGCACGCGGCGGUCCUUGCGGCCAUCGACGACGCCAUACAUGACGGCGUGGACGUCCUGUCGCUGUCGCUGGGAGGGGCCGGCUUCGAGUACGACGGGACGCUGCAUGCCGUGCAGAGGGGGAUCUCCGUCGUGUUUGCUGGCGGGAACGAUGGACCCGUGCCGCAGACGGUGACCAAUGCUGUCCCGUGGGUCACCACGGUGGCCGCAAGCACGAUUGACCGGUCUUUUCCGACCUUGAUGACGCUCGGGAGCGAUGAAAAGUUGGUGGGGCAAUCACUUCACCACAAUGCAUCUGCGAUCAGCAGUGACUUCAAGGACCUUGUUUACGCGGGAAGCUGCGACCCUCGGUCACUUGCGUUGAGCAAUGUCACCGGCAAAAUCGUCUUCUGUUAUGCACCGGCGGCAGCAGCCAUCACGCCGCCGCGGCUAGCACUUCCUCUAGCCAUUAACUAUACCAUGGAGGCCGGGGCGAAGGGCCUUAUCUUCGCACAAUAUGCUGCCAAUGUCCUUGGCCGCCUAACCGCGUGCAAUGGCAUUAUGCCCUGUGUGCUAGUGGAUUUUGAAAUCGCACAAAGAAUUUUCUCCUACGGGGUUAUCGCAGAGAGUCCAGUGGUGAAGGUGUCGCCUACUAAGAGUGUUGUCGGAAAUGGGGUGUUGCCGCCGAGGGUCGCUUUAUUCUCAUCAAGAGGCCCGAGCCCCUUGUUCCCAGGCAUACUCAAGCCUGACGUGGCUGCACCCGGAGUUAGCAUCUUGGCUGCCAAGGGCGACUCCUACGUGCUCUUUUCUGGCACAUCCAUGGCAUGCCCUCAUGUCUCGGCAGUCACCGCGUUGCUCAAGUCCGUUUACCCAAACUGGUCGCCUGCUAUGAUCAAGUCCGCCAUUGUCACCACAGCUUCAGUGACCGACCAUUUCGGUAUGGAGAUCCAAGCGGAGGGGGUCCCAAGGAAAGUAGCCGAUCCCUUUGACUUCGGUGGUGGCCAAAUAGACCCAGACAGGGCCGUUGACCCUGGCCUUGUUUAUGAUGUGGAUCCAAGGGAGUUCAAUAGUUUUUUUAAUUGUACACUUGGAUUUUCAGAAGGUUGCGACUCUUACGACCUCAACCUCAACCUCCCGUCAAUUGCCGUGCCGAACCUCAAGGACCAUGUCACAGUCCGACGCACUGUCAUUAACGUCGGGCCAGUGGAAGCCACCUAUCGAGUGGCUGUUGCGGCCCCAUCGGGGGUAGAAGUGUAUGUGGAUCCAUCCAUCAUCAGUUUCACCAGAAGUAGUAGCAGAAAUGCGACGUUUAUGGUGACAUUCACGGCAAGACAAAGAGUGCAAGGUGGAUACACCUUUGGGAGCCUGACAUGGUCUGAUGGAAGUACUCAUUUGGUGAGAAUUCCGGUCGCAGUACGAACAGUGAUACAAGAAUUUGUUGCCGAUACAUCUUAAGUUUAUUGGUUGCUGAUAUUAUUGGUUGACACCAUAUACUCCGUCGGACCUUUUUACAUGUUCAUUUUUAAGAAGUUGACAAACAACAACUAAAUGUACUUUUGCUGGAGCAUGAUUGGAAAAUUUACAUUAUAAAACAUAAACAAGUUAAUU